GCCAGCUGCUUUGCUGCAUCGAUCGACGGCUUUGACACAAGUCAUCUUACUGAUAGCAACAACACUAGCUGGAACACUUGGGUACACGAGUUCAGGGAUCUAGCCAGAGCUAAUUAAGCGGAGAGUUAUUAGCUUUUAAUUUGCUUGAGAGGAUGGACAACUACCAGGGGCAGCACGGCUACGGCGCCGACCGCGUCGACGUGUACGGCAACCCGGUCGGCGCCGGCCAGUACGGCGGCGGCGCCACCGCGCCCGGCGGAGGCCACGGAGCGAUGGGGAUGGGAGGUCAUGCCGGCGCCGGCGCCGGCGGCCAGUUCCAGCCGGCGAGGGAGGACCACAAGACCGGCGGCAUCCUCCACCGCUCCGGCAGCUCAAGCUCCAGCUCGUCGUCUGAGGACGACGGGAUGGGAGGGAGGAGGAAGAAGGGAAUCAAGGAGAAGAUCAAGGAGAAGCUGCCCGGCGGCAACAAGGGCAACAACCACCAGCAGCAGCAGAUGAUGGGGAACACUGGCGGCGCGUACGGGCAGCAGGGCCACGCCGGGAUGACCGGCGCCGGCACCGGCGUGCACGGUGCGGAGUACGGCAACGCCGGCGAGAAGAAGGGAUUCAUGGACAAGAUCAAGGAGAAGCUGCCCGGCCAGCACUAAAUUAAUAAGCUUAUAUAAUUGACAGCCGGGGCAACACGUCGUCAUGUGUGUAGUAGUAUCUAUCGUUUUAAUCUGCGGAAUAAAUGACGUGCACUGCAGUGUAUAGCGUCCUCGAAGAGAAUAGUACUACUGUUUGGGCGUUCGCACGUGUUGGGUUGUACCUAUAGCUUGUGAUGCCAUUGCAAGCUUUGUAUGGUGUGUGUGUACACAGGUUUUUAGUGAAGUGUGUGACUUUGUUUUGGAAUUUUCAUGUGAAUUUCGUAAUAUUCUACGGUACGCCAUGCUUCGAGUCAUCCUUUUUGAUUGGAACUCCCAUGUGUAAGUGUUUCUUGAUUAUAAGAUUAAUUUGGAGCC